UGCUUGACAGCACACACAAUCAGGGCUUUCUGAAGACACCAACGCCCUUACAUACGUGUGUGCAAGCCUUAAAUAUCACAGGCAGUGGGUUGAAGUUUUGAGCCAGAGAAACACCUCUGUUUUUAUCGUUCUCCCGAAGAAACUUAGAGGGUCAAAAUGCUUCUAUUCCUCCUGGUUGCUCUGGCGUCUUCGUCCCUUGUCCUCGCCGUGGACGACUCGCCACGAUUCGGAAUCCAACCAAGGGAUACGACGGCCAUCCAUGGCGAGACAGUCUUUAUGUACUGUUCCAUAAGUGGCCUGCAAUCCAGCCAGUUUGUGUGGAUCAAAGAUGGCACAGUGAUCACCCGAGGUUUUAGCGUUGUCUCCGUGGACAGCAAACGGUACUCUAUCGGGGCGGCUGAGGAGGGUAACUACCACCUCGUCAUCACCGAUGCCCGGGCUGAGGACUCCGGAGCCUUCAGGUGUGUGGCCACUACCGGUGGAAGUGGCCUCGUCUCACCCAUCGCAAACCUCCAAGUCUUUGCCGCUCCCACAGUUGAGUACCCGGUUUGCACCGGGGUGGGGUCCAACGAGGUGGCUGUAGGCGAGAGAGUCGCCCUGUCCUGCGAUGUCGAGGGUGGAAACCCCAAAGCGGAGCUGUUCUUGAACAAGGGAGACGUAGCCGUUCAGGCAACCGAGACGGCCACAGGAAUUACGUACGAAUGGACCGUCCAAGAGGACGACGAAGCUGUCGAGUUUGUCUGCAUCGGCACCCAGCGUUUCUGGGCCGAGCCUCGCACAUGCCGCAUGGGUCCAUUCACCCUAGUCACCGGUCCACCCACCAUGAACCUGGUGCCGGCUGAGGCUACCGUCCAGACCGGCCACUCGGUGUCGUUCCUCUGCAGUGUCGAAGCCGCUCCCCGUGCCGUCUUCAAGUGGUUCAUCGCCAACGAGGAAGUGGACGCUGAGCACGCUGAUGAGAAGAUGGCCGUUCAGGUGAUUGGUGAUAGCAGCAUCUUAUUGAUCCACGAUGUUGGGGAUGUGGGCGAGUCUCGCCAGAUUAUGUGCGUUGUCGAGGCAUCAACCGGUAGAGUAGCCGCCGAGGCCGUGAUGCACGUCCAGCCCGUCUACGCAGUCGUGACAGACGGCCCCAUCGAACGGCCCCAGGCCACCAAGAAAACACCGGUGGAGGGCCCUGACAACGAGAGCCCCAACAACACCCCUACCGAUGGGUCUCAAGCAGGCACGGACAAAAACACCAACACCGAGGAGGCCGUGCUGGAAUCCUCCAUCAGCAUCGCUCUCAUCGCCGGGUCUAGCGCAGCAGCAGUCAUCGUCAUUCUCGCUGUAAUCGUUUCGAUCGCCGUACUCCGUAACAAGCGAUCGUCUUCGGGUAGCUUCGCAGCCAAGUCGACGGAUCAGCUGGCAGAGGGCGCUGUUGAUGACACCGACAACUACUAUUUCCGUCCACGUGGUGUUGGUAUUGUUCGCUCUUGGCUGUUCCCAGUUCACAAGGACACGCAGAAGGGAAUGGCAGCUUCUGUGGCGAGUAUCCAACCACGGAAGUAGAUUGGUUUUUAAAAAUUACCUUUUUAUUUUAUUUUCGUGGACUUCUGUAACCCCACAUAUCCUGUACAUGUAGCUAAGCAACAACAGCAGCAACAACGACAACAACAACAACAACAACCACCAAAGAAUAAUUUUGAGAAGUACAUUCAUGCCUUGGUUUUGUUGGUGUCAUCUUCAACCCACUGUUCACAUUUUAAAGUAAAAAUAAUGUUUUUUGUUUUAACUGCUCAACGUAACAUCUUAUUGUAAACGAAAACAAAGCAAUUAAUUUUAUUUCUUAACUCCAAAUUCCGAAAGUAUGUUUAUACUCUUUUUUUAAAAACAACUUUUUAUAAUUAUAAUACAUGUGUACUCUUUUCGUAUUUUAACUUCGCACACUGCAAAAACUGGGGUGUUGAAAUUGACACCAUGGUUGUUGUCGCAUAUAGAUACCGAAAGAGACUCCAAAUUUUAGUUCGUUAAAAAACACCAAUAAACAUGUAAUUAUUUUUGCAGACAUUAGUGUUAUUUUAACAAACGUUUUGGUAGUUGUUUUUGGUAUCUAUUUAUGUCACACUGUCAACGGUGUAAGUUUUAACUUCCCAGGUUGUGCAGUUUUAACUAACAUUUAUUUGUGACCUCUUUUUAAAAUCUUGAUUAAAAAAUUGGAAAUAGACUCUAUAUUCGUCAAUGCUCCGAGACAUAAAUGGAAUAGUAUCAUUUUUUUUAAACACUUAUUUUGCUGCGAAAGGGGCCAACCAAACUCUAUACACUUUCGUCAGAUGACCCAGAAUCUGCUUGAAAAAAUUACCAUGAAUUUAAGCCAAACUGGCUUAUGAAAAUCCGAGUAAGAAUUUAAAAACAUUGUUCAAAUUUUAUUUUUAAAUGGAAUGAACACAAAUACAGACAUACGGCAUUUCUAGUUGGUACUUCAAUAGUUGAGGAUUCUUUCUAUUUCUGAAUAAUUAUUCUAAUUUGCGAUAUCCAUUUUUCUCUAUAAAAAAAAGAAAAAAAAGAAGAAGAAACAAAACAGUCAAAGUCGUUGAUCCAAAUCACUGUGUAUUGCGGUCACGGUCAGGUUGAAAACAGUGUGGUUAAAGUGAUGUUAUGAUGUUCUGGAUUUUAUGAGAGUUCCAUAGAUUUCUGACAGUUACUCUAAUUUGCGAGCUCCAUUUUCUCUUAUCUUUUUUUGAAAUGUCAAAUUCGUUUAUCCCCAAGCCUUGGGUGUUGCGGUAGCGGUCAUUUUGAAAACAGUGGGGUAGACUCAUGUUAUGAUGUUUUGCUUUUUUUAUGCCCGCCAUAAACAGCAAAAGGUCUCGAGCUAUGUACUUACGGAAACCUGAGUCACAGGUCACUGGGGCCGACUAUGAUAAACCCACACGCUCGCGAAAGAUAACAUUAUUCCAUGGUGCAUCAGCAAGAUGGGUAAACAUUUAUUCUGCAAAACUACCCAAACAUUGAUCAGAUUUAAUUCAGGAAGAGUUUAAAGUAAUUGCGAACGGAAGCACCGGUUAAACAAAAAUGAUGUCGACACAUUGUCCAGUUCCUUUUCCCUCUUUGUUGUAUGAUUGUGGAAAGUUAACGGAUCAAAGAAAGUGACAUAAUUAUGGGUGUGAAUACUAAUCUUAGAUAUAAAUAGAAUCUCACUGGCUCAUGUUUGUAGACAAGACAAUGUGCGUCAGUUGUUGAGUCUCAUAACUAAAAAAAAACCACCAAAAAAACCCCCACAUGUUUAAUCAUAAGAUCGCAUACUCUGCUGGGUGAAAGCUAAUUGUUCAACAAAUUUUAACAAGCAGAACUGUUUUCCUAAUCGGUUUGUAUCAAUAAACUUCUUGAAUCCCGCUCAAGUGUUAAUCCAAUCAAUCAAAAACAACGCCGGUAUCCCCACAAAACGUUUCAAUAUACAUGUACCACAUUUUUAUUACCAGGAAAAUGACAUUAAGAAAACAAUUGUGUUUGAGCAUGGAGGAAGAAAAUAUUGUCUUCCUCCAUGGUUAACUGUUCUUGAAAAUGUUUAAAUUGGUACGGGUGCUUGCAGGGGGCGGGCUUGUUCGUGUGACACGUCAAAUAACGACUGAACAUGCUUAAUACUUUGCUAUUGUGUAAGAUGAACUGUGAUUUUGGGGGAGAGAAAAAUAACAUGUUUAGGGUUUUGGGGUAUGCUUUUUGUAUUUUCUUUCGGGAAAAAACUUGGACCUUUUGAACGGGUAGUUCAUAUUAAUUGUUUCGAACAGACUGGCUACAUUUUAUGUCAAAUCGGAUGUAUCCUGCACCUCUAGGACGGCCGGACAUUUGUUUUAUACUAACAGCGCGGUUCUUUUUUUGUCUGUAUCUAUUUCUGGCGACUGUGAAACUAUUUUUAGAUCAAGACGUCUAUAAUUAUACACAUACAUGUACUCCGCUGUUUUAAUAUCUAUAAAUAGUUUCAAAUCUGAUAUGGUUUUGUAGUACAUGUAUGUAUUUUAAGUGUGGUUAAUAUUUUUAUCAGACUAGUCUUAUUGUUUUAUCCUCUUUCUUCAAUACUAAUUUAUGUUAAUGUAUCUUGUUAUUGAAAUAAACAGUAAACGGUGAAAACUUCAUCCGUAUUCCAACGUGAAUUUUGUAAUUUGUACGCAACUAUUUAAAAGUUUCGUAAUAAACGCA